AUGGAGAUGCACAUCGGCAGUCACGGUGAACCCGUCGAAAUCGCUCGGGGCGGUGGUCAUAGCUUGGAGCUUCCGGACGGCAGCAACGCGGCGUACCGAUACGGUGCUUCGUAUCAAGCCACACAGGCCGAAUUUGCCAAUGUUGACAACAGCACGUGGUACGAUAUCUCCAUCAUCCCUGCCGGCAACAUGGGGCCAGGUUCAUGUUCCAGUCUGGAGGACUGCAAGGCCGUGACAGGAGGCACAGGCUUCAACGUGGCAAUGAUGAUCGUACCUAGUAGCGGUGGAGGGCCCAGCUCGACUGAGACUUGCAGAGUUUUGCGUUGUCUCCACGACGGCUGCGAUGACGCCUAUCAGUUUCCAGCCCAAGACGCUCGAACGCACAGCUGCAGUGCCGAAGUCGAGUUUCAAGUAAUCUUUUGUGCCGAAAAUGCCCCAGAGACGACGUCCGAAUUGGCAUCAGACUAUUGGGUGGAUGCCAGCAGCUCUUCGGGCUCUGCGAGCAACUCGACGGGAGGAAGAGAGUCGUCAGGAACGUCAGCAUUAGUUUAUGUGGCAGCAGGGGUGGCAGCGGCUGUGGUAGCGCUUGUGGCCGCUGCGUUUGUCUUUAAACGAAGGCACGCCAUCGCGUUCUGGUGGGAAACUAGAAAUUACGAAAAACACCAGCGACGCAGCUCGGACGAACUCGGAUUCGUGCGGAUAUCAGACGAUGCGAUGAUUUAG